AUGAGUUUGGACGAUAACAUGGCCCACCAACACCCGUGUGCCUGUUGUGCGCUCCUGGUAGACUGCAAAGUCAAAAACCAGGAGUUGCAGGCCUUCAUUGCUAAGCGAGAAUGGGGGAUGGAGCAGGACCUCACCCGGUAUCAGUACAGGGAUUCCUUUAAGCGAAACCGUCUCAAAGAGAUAGAAGAGCUAAAGGCUACAGCUGCGAGCCAGAAGGCCAAUCUGACCAGUCAGAUUGAAGAACUGAAGAAGGAUCUGAAAGAAAAGACCUGUCAGUUGAAUGAAGCGCAAAAACAGCUAAAGCUCGCUCAAGACGACGACGUCUGUGCCAAGCUGCGCAGAGAUCUGAGGAUGGCCGAGGUCAGAGAGAAGGACUCAACCCAAGCCAGAAUAUCUGAGCACCGAGGGUUUGAAGAGCAGCUUAGAAGAGCUCAAGAAGACCUGACAACUAAAGACAAAGAGAUCCUGGCUCUCCAUAAAGCCAAGAAUGAGUUCCUGUGUCGGUUGACAGAUGAAGGUGAGGGUCCCGUUCAUGCCAGGACCUGUGUGAGCAGAGGCGGCUGA